AUGUCUUCGCCAUCGCCCUCCAAACGCAACACUCCCCCAUCCAAACUAUUUUUGGCCAACACACACACCGGCCAACACACCGCUUUGACACACCAAGCACCAGAAACCGCAUCGAGACAGCAUGGUCGUGCCCACUUUAAUCGCCAAACACUACCGCAUGGUCAAUCCUGGCGGACCCCUGCCACUACCCACACUUCGUGGGAACGUUGGCCUCCAUUGUCCCGUGUGUUCGACCCCGAUGGUGUACAAAACCGCGAAGGUCGAUGCUUGGCUCAUUGGGGCAAGUUUUCAAGAAGUCAAUCAGCCUAA